AUGUUGUGUGAAAGAAGACAAUCUGCCUUGAUAGCCAAUUGGGCAUACUUUGUAAACAGCUUUGGGGAGAAUGUUGACAGUAUUCUCCAUGCUGAUUACAUGUCAAGCCUUGAGAGUGAUGACAAAAGAGAAGAAGAGAAACAGGAUUUGUCCUCAGAAAAGAAUAGAUUUGUUGAUGAACUUGAUGCAGAUUAUGAGGCAGCUCAUGAUAAGAAAAAUAAUACCCAUCCGUUUGAGCAUAAAUUUAAAGGAAUAAGAGAUAAGCAGCUUAGCAAGACCAAGGCGAACAAGCUGCCAUCAUGGUCAAAGAAAUAA